CCUUCUCUCCAAGAACUAGAGAAGAGGAAGAAAGAGCAGAGACAGAAGAGAGCAGCAGCUAAAGAAUCUGAGGACCACAGAAGGGUUGGAGGCCUUGAAACUAACGGGCUCUUUGUACUCAGGAGUCUUGGUCACAUCCAGAAGCAGCCAUGGUCUUCCUGCUCGUGUCCCUGACGGUGCUGCAUUUAGCCACCCUGGCCAUGCUGCUCAUCGCCACGCUGGAGAAGUCCUGGUGGAUCUGGGCAGAUACAGAAAUCACUGAUCUCUGGUAUAACUGCUUCCACGAUAACGCCACCAAAACCUGGCUGUGUGCUGCUACGACUGAAAGCGACUGGCUGCAGUCUGUGCAGGCCCUCAUGGUCCUCUCAGUGGUCUUCUCCUCCAUCUCCUUCCUGGUUUUUCUGGGUCAGCUGUUCACCAUGUCCAGAGGAGGCCUCUUCUACUUCACUGGCCUCUGUCAGGCCUUUGCAGGUUUCACAGACUUCGCCGCCUGCCUCAUCUUCACCUUCCACAGAAAGGAGAUCCUAAGUGACAGCAGGGAUCUAAGCAGAGGACGCUUCGGCUACUGCUUCAUCCUGGCGUGGCUGUGCGUCCCUCUGCUGCUCGUCAGUGGCGUCCUUUACGUCCACCUGCGCAAGAAGAAGUGAAC